AAAAGAAGAAAACCCCUCUUCUGGCUCCAGGAAACAAGCUUCAUCCCAUUGCACACACCGGAGAGAAGGGGUUUCCCCCUGCCCGCCCCCCAGCUACCUCCCCGCUCCUGCCAGUGUCUGCCUGUCUGCCCCCACGGGGGUUUAUUUGAUCUCACAUUAACCGAGGAGGAGAAUGUGAGAAAAGGGGGAAAAUGCCCAGGAGGAAGCAGGAGCAGCCCAAGCGCCUUCCCUCACAUGUUAGUAGGCAGGACGAGGCCGAGGGAGAGUUCAGCGAAGGAGAACACUGGUAUGGGAACUCCUCAGAGACUCCGUCAGAAGCAUCCUAUGGGGAAGUCCAGGAGAACUAUAAACUGUCCCUGGAGGACCGGACCCAAGAGCAGUCCACAUCCCCCGACACCUCCCUGGGCAGCGCUACCCCCAGCAGCCACACGCUGGAGCUGGUGGCACUCGAUGGUGAGGUCCUUCGAGACGCGCUGCAGUGUCAAGACCAUCUUUCGCCUGGAGUGUCUUCUGUGUGUGACGAUGACCCACCUAGUUCCAAUAAACCUCUGAGCAGCAACUUGCGGCGGCUGCUGGAGGCCGGGUCCCUUAAACUCGAUGCCACGGCCAAUGGCAGGGUGGAGUCCCCUGUGAAUGUUGGCCCCAGUUUGUCAUUUUCCCCGCCCUCCCACCAUGCCCAGCAACUCAGUGUCCUGGCCAGGAAGCUGGCAGAGAAGCAGGAUCAGAACGACCAAUACUCCCCAAGUAACCGUUUCAUAUGGAAUCAAGGUAAGUGGUUGCCAAACUCAACCACCACCUGUGGCCUGUCCCCAGAUUCGGCCAUCCUCAAACUGAAAGCUGCAGCCAACGCUGUUCUGCAGGACAAGUCCCUGUCCCGGACAGAGGAGAGUCUGAGGUUUGAGCCCUUCUCCUCCCCGUUCAGCUCCCAGUCCGCCAGCUCCACUUUGGCAGCUUUGUCUAAGAAAGUGAGUGAGAGAAGCCUGACCCCGGGUCAGGAGCACCCACCUCCAGCCAGCUCUUUCCUGUCACUGGCCUCCAUGACCUCCUCUGCAGCCCUUCUGAAAGAAGUGGCCGCCAGGGCCGCGGGUAGCCUCCUGGCUGAGAAGUCAUCCUUACUGCCCGACGACCCUCUACCACUGCCGCCUUCUGAGAAGAAGCCAGAAAAAGUCACCCCACCACCACCACCUCCUCCGCCCGCACAGCCUCAAUCCUUGGAAUUAUUGUUACUUCCAGUUUCCAAGGGCAGAGUCUCCAAGCCCUCCAGUUCAGCCCCAGAAGAAGAGAGCGGGAAGCCUUUCCAGUGUCCAAUAUGUGGUUUGGUUAUAAAAAGGAAGAGUUACUGGAAGCGGCAUAUGGUGAUUCACACAGGUUUAAAAAGUCACCAGUGUCCGCUCUGUCCAUUCCGGUGUGCUCGCAAGGACAAUCUCAAAUCCCACAUGAAGGUUCAUCAGCACCAGGACCGGGGAGAGACCUUUCAGUGCCAGCUGUGCCCCUUCACUUCCUCACGCCACUUCAGCCUGAAACUGCACAUGCGCUGCCAUCAGCACUUCCUGAGGACAGAGGCCAAGGUGAAGGAGGAGAUCCCAGACCCAGAUGUCAAGGGAUCUCCCCACCUCAGUGACAGUGGCUGCCUGGGGCAGCAGAGGGAAGGAGGAGGGACAGAGCUAGUGGGGACCGUGAUGACGUCUAAUACUCCAGAGAGGACUGGCCAGGGUGGGGCUGGCGUUGCACCUUUGCUGGUGAAGGAGGAGCCCAAGGAAGAUAACGGCCUGCCCGCCUCCUUUACCCUGAAUGCUGCCGACAGGCCCGCCAACCACACAAAGCUGAAAGACCCCACCGAGUAUGUGUCCAACAGUGCAGCAGCAUUGUUCAGCCAGGACAUCUCGGUUAAGAUGGCCUCCGAUUUUCUCAUGAAGCUGUCAGCUGCAAACCAGAAGGAGCCAAUGAAUCUUAAUUUUAAAGUGAAGGAGGAGCCCAAGGAAGAGGAGCCCCUAAGCACGCCUUUGCCUCGGUCCAGCUACGUGUUCAGCCCGGAACCGGAAGUGGCGGCCCCUAGCCUCUCCGAGGACCCGCUGACACCCCAAGAAGGCAAGGGGAAUGUGCCGAGGCGGGACAUGUCUGCCAAAGCUGCCUCGGAACUUCUCAUGAAACUCUCAGCGGAAAGCUCCAAGGAAACGCAGGCGGUGAAGGUGAAAGAGGAGCCCAUGGAGGUGGACAUCCAGGACUCGCCGGUCUCCAUGUCACCCGGCCGGAAUGUUGGCUACAGCACUUUAAUGGGGCGAGAGAAAACUGAACCCUUACAGAAGCUUCCAGAAGGUAGAGUUCCCCCGGAGAGAAAUCUCUUCAGCCAGGACAUCUCGGUGAAGAUGGCUUCUGAGCUUCUUUUUCAGCUCUCAGAAAAAGUGAGCAAAGAACACAAUCACACGAAGGAAAACACCAUCCGGACGACCACCAGCCCUUUCUUUUCAGAAGACACGUUUAGACAAUCACCAUUCACCUCCAAUUCUAAAGACCUGCUGCCCGGAGAAGCCGUGCUACAUGGAAGAAUACCAGCUGCAGAGACAGAGAAGAUAGUCCUUGAGGCAGGAAAUGGAUUACCCUCCUGGAAGUUCAAUGACCAGCUCUUUCCGUGCGAUGUGUGUGGGAAAGUGUUCGGCCGACAGCAGACCCUGUCUCGACACCUCUCGCUGCACACGGAGGAAAGAAAAUACAAAUGCCAUUUGUGCCCGUACGCUGCUAAGUGCCGUGCAAAUCUGAACCAGCACCUGACCGUGCACUCUGUGAAGCUGGUGAGUACCGACACCGAGGACAUCGUCAGCGCCGUCACUUCUGAAGGCAGUGACGGGAAGAAACACCCUUACUAUUACAGUUGCCAUGUGUGUGGAUUUGAGACGGAGCUCAAUGUCCAGUUUGUAAGCCACAUGUCCCUCCACGUGGACAAGGAACAGUGGAUGUUUUCCAUUUGCUGCACGGCCUGUGACUUUGUAACCAUGGAGGAAGCAGAGAUAAAGAAUCACAUUGGCACCAAGCACACAGGGGACGACAGGAAGACCCCCAGUGAAUCCAACAGUCCCUCCUCAUCCUCGCUGUCGACUCUGAGUGAUUCGGCCAAUGGCAAAGAUGACUCAGACGGCUCCCAGAGAAGCAAGAGUGGGAACAACGUGCUGGUCAUCUCCGUGGUGCCCGGGAGCCAGCCCUCCCUGAACAGCGAGGAGAAGCCAGAGAAAGGGUUCGAAUGCAUUUUUUGCAACUUUGUCUGCAAGACGAAGAAUAUGUUUGAGCGGCAUCUGCAGAUCCACCUCAUCACCCGGAUGUUUGAGUGUGACGUGUGCCACAAGUUCAUGAAGACCCCCGAGCAGCUGCUGGAGCAUAAGAAAUGCCACACUGUCCCCACCGGUGGGCUCAAGUGCCCGUUCUGCAUUUACUCCACCAACCGCCCUGCUGCCAUGGAGUGCCACCUCAAGACCCACUACAAGAUGGAGUACAAGUGCCGGAUCUGCCAGACAGUGAAGACCAACCAGCUGGAGCUGGAGACGCACACCCGCGAGCAUCGCCUGGGCAACCACUACAAGUGUGACCAGUGCGGCUACCUGUCUAAGACGGCCAACAAGCUCAUCGAGCAUGUGCGUGUGCACACCGGGGAGCGGCCCUUCCACUGUGACCAGUGCAGCUAUAGCUGCAAGCGCAAGGACAAUCUCAAUCUGCACAAGAAGCUGAAGCAUGCCCCCCGCCAGACCUUCAGCUGCGGAGAGUGCCUGUUCAAGACCACACACCCCUUUGUCUUCAGCCGCCAUGUGAAGAAGCACCAGAGUGGAGACAGCCCCGAGGAGGACAAGAAAGGCCUGAGUCCAGCCUCCAGAGAGCCAGCUGGCCCUGGAGCCCCACUCCUGGUUGUGGGGGGUGGCCGGAGUCUCUUGUCCCCUCUGUCAGUCAUGUCAGCCUCGCAGGCUCUGCAGACCGUGGCCUUGUCAGCAGCCCACGGCAGCAGCUCGGAGCCCAACCUGGCACUCAAGGCCUUGGCCUUCAACGGCUCCCCGCUGCGUCUUGACAAAUACCGGAACUCGGAUUUUGCCCAUCUCAUUCCCUUAACAAUGUUGUACCCCAAGAGCCACCUGGAUCUCACAUUCCACCCUCCCCGACCUCAGACUGCGCCUCCCAGCAUCCCCUCACCCAAACACUCCUUCCUUGCCUAUCUUGGACUAAGAGAAAGAGCAGAGACUGUCUGAGGACAGCCACGUUCUGUACCAAAAACCAAGAGACAGACAAGAAAAGACAAAAACCCACAAAACUUAAACACAACCCCAGCAGGUGUAUGUUGCUGCAAAACCUACAGGCCCCAGGGGUCUGGACCAUGUGUACUGUAUAUCUUAGUAAGGAGUAGAAAAUUGGCUCUGUAUGUAUACCUAUUGCAUUGACUUGAAAGCUGCUUUAGCCAAUCUUCAGAGAGGUGUUGCUGCCCACUUCUACCUUCAGAGGCAUGCCUCCCCAGCCAUGACUCCCACUCUCAGCCCUCCUGAGUACUUCUCUCUGAAAGGAAUUUUGUCAUGUUAAACCCUAACGAGAGUGUCCUUAAUAGCAAUCAGCACUUGGAGACUUCUCCACUGGUACAUUGGGUUUCUGUUGGGUGACUGGGGUGUUGUGGACAUUUGUGGAUUGGGAAAGAGAAAGUGUGUGUGUGUGUGUGUGUGUGUGUGUGUGUGUGUGUGUGUGUGUGUGUAUGUGUGUGUGUGUGGUAUGGUGUGUGUGUAUGGUGUGUGCCAUGACAUUUCUAUUGCACAUUCUUUUUGUACCGACCUCUUUGACAGUGAUGAACAUUCUUUCUCUCCCUUCUGGAUUGUUCAUCCACUACAGUCUCCCCACCUCCUUCUCGGCCUUUCUCUCCUUAGUUUAUGGCUACAGAGUGGUAGGGCCUGGUGCUUAGUGGAUGAAGAUCUGCAGGGUGCCGGGAUAUUCCCAGGCUCGAAGCCUGGAGCUCACAUCUCCACUAAGAAAGAUGGAGAGAGCCAGGUAACAGUUCUGUUAAGGAAUGUCUCACAGCUCCGCAGCUGACAUCACAAAACUUGGGUGUUCUGUGUGUGUGCCCACAUGGAGACAAGGUCUUUGGUGAAUGCACACACACACACACACACAUACACACACAGACAGGGAGAGGGAAUGCAUCCUUUUUAAAGGGCAGAAUAUAUAUGUGUGUGUGAUGUAUUGAUUCAGUUGCUAUCAUUGUUUGCAGGAAAAAAAAAAUUGUAUGAGUGGAAAUUUUUGUGGUUGAUAAAUGCAGCCGAGGAGAUUAAAGGGGUUUGGAUCGAUUCUGGGUGUAAAUGCUCAGACUAAAAAGAAACGGCAGCUUUGCACAGGGCGUGGGCCUCGCACUAGUUUUGUUUCUCAUUGGGGGAAAAGGAAUAAGUACAAGAAAAGGAAGGAAUCGUACCUUUUUUAUGGAAGGAGUAGACUGUAUGUUUGAGAUUUUAGCCACGACCUCUUUGACGUAUAAGGAAGGGCACAACAGAAGGUGCUGUUAGUCCUGUGCCUCACUGACGCCCCAGGAGCCCCCCCGUGGGCAGAGCCUCUGGCUGGAGUGUAACCUCCAUGUAUUAGUGACCCCAUAUCCGUUCUGUUAACGCCUAGUAGAUGUAGCCCUGCUAGGAGGCUGACUUUAUACUUAUUUAAAGCUCUUAUUUUACGGUCAUUAAAAUGGCAGUGUAUCGCAGCACUUUAUUGCAGCAGGAAGCAGGUGUGAAUUGGUUGCAUAGCCCUUUGCUUAUCUUAAAAAGUAACGGAUGAUUUAAAAAGGAAAAGAAAAUCUCUGGCUGAAUAUGUUCACUGCUUGUAUUUGUAAGACAGCAGAAUUUCCAGUAUGCAACAGGUUGAAAGAGCGGGAAGAAAUGUGCUUUGUAUGAAAAUGAGAAGUUUGGAAUCUGAAAGUUUCUCUGUUAUUUAUCGGAGGAAGAACUGGUGUCCAGGAGGAAUGCUUUCUCACUGUUGCUCUUUUCCCUCACUGUAGUAUCCUCGGUGGGACAGUGCCCACUUUCCUUGUUCCUUACUUUAACUAGGGGGAAUAAAAGCAUCCUGAUCUCUUCCUGUAGGCGGGAUUGCUUCACUGAUUAGUGCAGUUGGACAGAAAGCCAGAAGACUGUACAUCUCCACAGCAUUGGCUCCCCAUCCCCUCUCAGCCUCCCUCUCGAAAACCUAGCAGGUCUCUUUCCCUCCCCGCCCCGUCGUCCAGCCAUAGGUGAGGAGCCUGAUUAGGACCCUGGCAAAACAAGUUUACACUACGGAGAUUUCCACAAAGGCAAGGAGACCAACCAGCUAGCCCAGGAAGGCCCCAGAGCCUCAGUCGAUCUCCUGCGUAGACCUUUGCUCUUGGCCUUGUGUGAAACGUCGUUCAACUCGCCAUGUCGCUAUCUCGGUAAAAGACACUCUAGACACUUCUGGACAAUAUGCCCCCAAGGUCACUGGGUUUAUGGGUGGGUUUGUUGUUUUUUUAUUUGCUUUUGUUUUUUGUUUUAAAGUCAUGUUUUUAUCCCCAUUUAAUGGAGAAUGUGCCACUUGGCUAAUAAAUGUGUUUUCAAAACUUUAGGUUCAGUGACAACAGUACAGGGCCACAGGGGUCCCCCGGAGUGGGCAGAAAGGUGACUCCCACAGAAGCACCCACAGGUUAAGAACCUGAAUAGGUGACCCUGAAAACGCGGACCCUGGGUUUUACAGCAUGCCACUUGUGCAAUAAGAGGUCUUCAGGUGGGAGCUUGGGAGAGCGGAAGGGGAGGUGGGUGGAGACGUUUCUGCUCAAAUGCCAUGCAUUUCACUGCUUGCCACUGAACCUGUGUUUGAAUGACUUAGUGAUGCUUAAUGUAAUUGGGCAACUUUUUUAGCACUUUGGAAAGAGUCAUCAAUCUUUCUGGUAAAUUAUAAAGUUUUCUGAGUGAGAAAACGUGUGUUUGCAGUUUGUUUGACUUUUUAUAUUAUUGUUGUUAUUAAUAAAGAAGAAAAUCUACAGCAUUUUUCAGAAUCCACCUAGAUAAAAUGUGCCCCUGAAUCUGGCUUGCUGAUUGAUACCCAGGGAAGGAUGUAUUCCGUAGAUAUCCUUCCCGUGAAAAACACUAACACCUUUGAGACACUCGCCUAGCAGCUGACUUCAGUUCGGUUUUCACUCUGCAUCCUCCCAUGGAAGCUGGCCUGGUUUUCCACGGAGUGAUGCAGUUAGGGUCCCUCAGCACUUUCCUCUCCUUUUUUUUAAACUCCUCAUAUUAUGUUCAGAUGAUCAUGCUGUCAAGGUUUGUGUACACGACUGAGAUUUGUAUUGUAUAAAGCUUUUGCAUUCAAGGCUGUACAGGGUCAUUUUGACAGUAACUGGUAUUCUCCUUUGCAUCUUACGUUGCAUUGCCGAUUUCUAGUGUAUCCAGUUUGGAAGUAUAAUAACUCUAAUU